AUGUCUACACCUUCGAUUCAGCCACUGCACCAGGCUCAAGACACAGGAGCCAGCCUCCGCAGAUCAAUGUUCAAAAAACCAGAGGUGAGGCCUCUCAGGGACAAGUUCGCGUCGCCUACCGACGACAUGUUGUCGCCGUGCUCGCAGAAAUUGAACGACCACAAAUCUAAGCUGUUCACAGCCAAGGCCAAGCCCACGAAGCUGAACUUCGCCACUGAGCAGAAACAGGAAGAUAGCGACGACGACUACUGA